CCCAACUUUAAGUCAGUGCUAUUAUUGUUGUGACUUGAGGUGGCUGCGCAAUUGAUCAUCCUGUACGAGUCCGGCGAUUGCUGUGCUCCCAUGCGCUGGACUUUAUCCUGAAAAAACUCCGCAAAUAUCUUUCCUUCCUAUUUAUAUAUGGGACCAGUGGUUGCAUAUGGGGGCGACUUGGUUCAUAGGCCUUAACUCCAAGUAUAGCUUUCGUGAUGUACAUUUUCCGCCGCUUGACGGGCAAGAAUGCUGAGCCACAAAUUACCUUCGCAACUUUCAAAUGAUCAACCACCUCAGUCUAAGGUUAAGGAGGGCGGUUUCUGGAAGAAAUUUGAUUGGUGGUUGAUGUGCGCUUUGGUCAUCCCAGUAACACUUGAAACUUUAGAUUAUACGGUCGUCGCCACGGCGCAACCUCGAAUUGCAUCUGUAUUUAACGCCUUAAACUUGCAAAGCUAUAUUGGCACGUCAUACUUGUUGGCAUCAACAGUUUUCUUGCCCUUUUUUGCAUCCAUUGCCGAUAUCUAUGGUCGUCACUUUGGACUUCAACUGUCCCUUCUAUUUUUCCUUGUCGGUAGUGCCUUCAGUACGGGAGCUGUCAACAUGACAAUGCUUUUGGCCGGCAGAGGAAUAGCUGGUAUUGGAGCCGCUGGUUUGUUGACAGUAUAUUCGUCCUCACUGGAUACGAAUAAUAUCCAGCAAUCCGCCAUGUUCUUCUUAUAUUCUCUCGGUUUUUGUAUAGGCCCCGUCAUCGGUGGUUUCCUAGUCACGGCCAGCUUCCGCUGGGUGUUCGCGAUCAACCUUCCGUGUGUUGCUCUUGCCAUGAUUCUGUGUUUCUUUUUGCUUCGCAAACGUGUCAAAGGUGCCAAGUCAUCUGAAGAACUUCCAGGUUCCGCCAAAUCUACGACAUGGAUAAUUAAGCUAGCCCUCAUCGACUGGAUCGGGACGUUCCUCUUCGUUAUUGGAGGCGUCCUCAUUCUACUUGCACUGAACUGGGGUCCCGAUGACGACUGGAAGACUGUUCGCGUCAUAGUCUGCCUGGUUAUCGGUGUCAUCGUCUUUGUGGCCUGCAUUCUUUGGGAAGUCGUCUUGGAGCGGAAGCAUCAAGCUUCUACCAUGGCAUUCGCGGCGCUUUACCAUGUGCAGCCCAUGCUGCCUCUCGAGCUCUUCCGAUCCUACGACAUCUGUGUCUUGCAGUAUGGUUGCUUCGUGUCCGGCAUUGUCAUGUUUGUGAUGUUCUACUUCGUCGCAAUAUUUAUGACCAUCGUCUCUGGCUUGUCACCUGAUCAAGCCGGUAUACAACUUCUUUAUUUUGCUCCUGGCAUAGGAGCAGGGAGCCUGGUUUCCAUUCGGUUGAUCAAGCGCUUCAGACAGCCGAUCUAUCCAAUCAUUGCUGGAUUAAUCGUCAUGACCGUUGGUUUGGGUCUCAUCCAGAUGGGCAUGCAGAAGAAUGUGCAAGGGCUUGUUAAUGGCUUCAUGUGUAUGACAGGUUUCGGGGUUGGUCUUACAGCUAGCCCUAAUGCCGUUCAAGCUCGCUUUUUGAUGCCAGACCAUGUCGCCGUAACUAACGCUCUGUUGCUUUUCUUCCGCGCCCUCGGUGGAACCGUUGGUCUAGCACAGUGUUUCACUGUCAUGAACGCUAAAGUCAAUUCUUACAUCGUAGGGCAGAUACGAAGCGGCGCUAUCUCAGGCUCUGACCUCAAUGUCCUUGAAGCGCUCUACAACAGUGGUGGCCUCGACUCCAUCCAGUCCCUCGACGGUCUGCCGCCUGUUGUGCAGCAGAUCAUCCGUGAUGCUUUCAGGAACGGUGUUCGUUGGAGUUUCAUCUCCCUCAUUCCUUGGGCUGGCUUGGCAGUCAUAUUGUCCUUGUUCCUUUCUAAGAUCCCUGAUCCUGAUGCUCAAAGGACCGAUCACGACGAAGAAAUGGAACUAUCAGAACAGGACGAUGCGCGAGAACCUUCCGAUGAGCUCGAGGGUGACGAACAUGAUGACAUGCCCAUUCAGCAGCAGAAUCGUUAAAUUUUAGUUGAGGGGCCUGGUAGAUGUCGUUACAUUAUUCUUCUUGCAAUCUCGGCGUGCAGCUUGAUUCAUUCCUCCGAUCAUAUACCCGUCGUACAAGUUAUGUUAUUUGUCAUGUCCACAUUAGCCUUCCAUCUAAUCUACAUCCUGGUUGCAUCCUGACGACUUUCUGUCAGACUCAA